AUAUUGUGGACACAAUAUGCCACCAAAGAAGAAGUUAACCACAAAGAGGUCGAAGGAAUCCAAACCAAAGCCAUGGGAAGUGACAGAGAAGUGGAUGUCUGAACUGAAGGACAAUGAAGAGCUGGUAGACAACACUGGUCCUGACGGUGAGCUUAAGGAUGCUGAGGAUUGGCUACCGUAUUGUAAUAAGAAUGAUCACGAGGCGGACGUAGACCCUGGACCUCAACCGGGAACCAAAGAUGUGUUUUACGUGGACGCCGUCUAUGGCUGCGAAGUGAUGUUUGAUAAGGAGAAACCUUAUCUCGGGUUUUACGUCCAGUGGUCGGGCUAUCCGGCGGAUGAGAGCAGUAUUGAGCCUCUACAGCACUUGAUGAACACUAGAGAAGGCCAAACAGUGACGCGGAAGUCAUUGAAGGAGAUCAGUCCGGAAGAGAUGCAGUUUAGGAAGGACUUCAUGAGUCAUCUGUCGAUACCUGAUGACAUCGAUUUGGGUGAUAAUGACUACCAGAUGGCUGCCAAUGAGAUUCUUCGCCGCAACAGAUCUGAGGACAAGUACUGUGCAUUUAUUGGCUUCUUUGGUCCUAAUAGUGAAUCAAAUCUCGUAUUCCAAUAUGAGAUUGACUUCUGGAAGGAAGUAUGUGCGAAGUGGACAUCACUUGGACAGGAGUUGAAGUACGACUUCUAUACACCAUUCAUUGGGUCCAAACCCAAAGAGUUGAACGGCAAGGGAUACGAUAAGUCGUACAUCGAUGGUGUGCGAGAAUUCUAUAACUACAAUCCGACGGCUUCUGCGACUGAGCCACACUUGUGGGCAAGACGUCUGAGGAAUCGGAUGGCCAAGGGACACCCGAUUCAUUUCGGAAACGGGACCGAAACAGGCGGCCGGCAGUGCAUGAGAUCGGACAUUAUGUUUAUUGGCGACGUGUUGGCGAACGUGGACUGGUAUGCCAAAUACGGAUUCAAACCAAAUCCGAGAAAAUAA